GCGGCCUUGCCGCUGGGCUCGACUCAGCGCGGGCGCGAGGGCGGGGGAGCCGGGGACCACCGCUCCAGCCCGCUGGCCUUCGAAAGAUCCUCCUGGGCCAAUGGCAGGCGGGGCGACGCGCCCGGAUUGGUGCAGGCGCUCUGCUGAUCACUGUGGAAACCAGGGCGGCGGGGAACGCGGGAGGAUGCGGAGCCGCGGGCGGGGGGAGCCGGAGGGGCGGGCGGAAGAGGCGUCCAGGUCCUGAACGACCCCGGAGUUUUUCCUGGAGGCAAAAGUCCACUACGGGCUGGCGGGCGGUGGGCGGGGCGGAGCACAGACACCAGUUGGGGGCACUGGGUAGCCGGGGAUAGUCAGAGGGAAGGCAGGGGUGACUCCCGAGCGCGGGCAAGGAGGCUGGGGGAAGGGCGCGGCGGGAGGAGGAGUAGGAGAAGACAAAAGCCGAAAGGGAGGAGGGCCCGGGCCGCACACUCGAGCUGCGGGCGUGGAGGCCACAGUGCACGGGGCAUCCCGGUCAGCAGGCAGCAUGGGGAAAGGGGGGAACCAGGGCGAGGGGGCCACCGAGCGCGAGGCGCCCAUGCCCACCUUCAGCUGGGAGGAGAUUCAGAAGCACACCUUGCGCACGGACAAGUGGCUUGUCAUCGACCGCAAGGUCUACAACAUCACCAAAUGGUCCAGCCGGCACCCAGGGGGCCAGCGGGUCAUCGGGCACUACGCGGGGGAGGACGCUACGGAUGCCUUCCUCGCCUUCCACCGUGACCUUGAUUUCGUGCGCAAGUUCAUGAAGCCUCUGCUGAUUGGAGAGCUGGCUCCGGAGGAGCCCAGCCAGGACCAUGGCAAGAACUCCCAGAUCACCGAGGACUUCCGGGCCCUGAGGAAGGCUGCUGAGGACAUGAACCUGUUCAAGAGUAACCACCUGUUCUUCCUCCUUCUCCUGGCCCACAUCAUCGUCAUGGAGAGCAUUGCCUGGCUCAUCAUCUUUUACUUUGGCAAUGGCUGGAUUCCAACCAUCAUCACAGCCUUUGUCCUUGCUACCUCUCAGGCCCAAGCUGGAUGGCUGCAACAUGAUUAUGGCCACCUGUCUGUCUUCAAGAAGUCCGCAUGGAACCACGUUGUCCACAAGUUCAUCAUUGGCCACUUAAAGGGUGCCUCCGCCAACUGGUGGAACCAUCGCCACUUCCAGCAUCACGCCAAGCCCAACAUCUUCAACAAGGAUCCCGAUGUGAACAUGCUGCACCUGCUCGUCCUGGGCGAAUCGCAGCCCAUUGAGUACGGCAAGAAGAAGCUCAAAUACCUGCCUUACAACCACCAGCACGAGUACUUCUUCCUGAUCGGGCCGCCGAUGCUCAUCCCCACGUACUUCCAGUACCAGAUCAUCACAACCAUGAUCAGACGCCGAGACUGGGUGGACUUGGCCUGGGCUGUGAGCUACUAUGCCCGGUUCUUCAUCACCUACGUCCCUUUCUAUGGCAUCCUGGGGGCCGUCGUUUUCCUCAACUUCAUCAGGUUCCUGGAGAGCCACUGGUUUGUGUGGGUCACACAGAUGAACCACCUCGUCAUGGAGAUUGACCAUGAGCCCUACCGAGACUGGUUCAGCAGCCAGCUGGUAGCCACCUGCAACGUGGAGCAGUCCUUUUUCAAUGACUGGUUCAGCGGGCACCUCAACUUCCAGAUCGAGCACCACCUCUUCCCCACCAUGCCUCGGCACAACUUCCACAAAGUCGCACCACUGGUGAAGUCUCUGUGCGCCAAGCACGGCAUCAAGUACCAGGAGAAGCCGCUGCUGAGGGCCAUGCUGGACAUCAUCAGGUGUCUGAAGAAGUCCGGGGAGCUGUGGCUGGACGCCUACCUCCACAAAUGAAGCAACAGCCCUGGGGGCACCCACGGGGGAGGGGGAGCAGGUGGGAGUGCUGGCCACAGGGAGGGGUGGGCUUUUGUUCUGAGGGGUGUCCCCGAGGUUGGGGUACAUGCUGGCUUGGGGAUCCCAUUUUCGGUCUUUCUCCUGUUUUUCUCUCCGCUUUCACUUUGCUUCUCUCUCUGACACCCUCCCUCAUGGGACCACCCUCUAUCAGGUGGCCCCUCACCUUCUCCCAGCUCCCACCCCCAGGAACAGAGAGAGGUGCUCUGUCCCAGCCCCCAACUUCUGCCAGACCAGAGGUCCACAGAUACGGCCUGUAACAGCCCCUCUUGCUGCCUGGCCUUUAGGCCUCACACCGCCUUGUCUUCCUCCGAUACUCCUGAGGUCCGUGGGGGACCCGGGGUCCUAGCUGGGCACCACGGCACCCUGGUCUGCAGGCCUGGCCCCGCCCUCUGACAUGGCCCCACUGGCCCUGGCCCCGGCCCCGUGCUUGGCGUUAGGGAAUGUGUGCUUGAUGCACCCGGCCCCCUCCCGGCCCACACUGAGACCGGGGCUCGGGGCCUCCCUGCUGGCACCCUUUCUCUUCAGAUGUCUGGGGUCCCGGCCCUGACCCCGGCUCCCUUUGCCUGCAGUGCUGCCAGCUCAGACCUCGGGGCCCAGGCAAGUGUCCUCGCCCCAGGGGAGCCCUCUGACCCGAGGCUUGUGCUGUUCCAUCCCACCAUCUGCCAUGUCUCCCUAGCUCCACAGCCUGGGACCUGGGGGCCAAGGCGGCCAUCCUGAAGGUGGGCUUGGCCAAGGCCAUGGCCCGGUCAGAGGAUCAGCCGGCCUGUUGGCUCAGCCCUGCCCCACCCACCACAUCCCCUUCAGAUGUUUGACGGGGCUGGGAGACCUAAGAUUCUGGAGCGAUCGGACCCUUCUCCGAAGUGCUCCGUUACCUGCCAGGCAGCGCCAGCCAGUCUCUAGCUGCUUGGCCGAGUGGCCUUGAGCCCUUCAAGCUGCAGGAGGGCGCCUCACACAGCCCCUCCCCAUGCUGGGACUGCCAGUGUGGACGUGCUCACACUGUCUUCUGCUCUCUCCUGUCUUCUGUUUUUUUUAACCUUUUGUUAUAGAUACAUUCUGACAGGGCGAGCGACAACAGGGCUGGGCCUUGUCAGCACCUUUUACCACCUGCCUCUCCGGGCCCCGCCGUGGGCUGAGCCCCCCCCCGGCUCACUCACAGAGGCCACAGGGACCCCGACUGUGGGGGCUGCAGGGGCCGCUACUGUCGAGAAGGCAGCAGGGGCCCAGGGGGAGGCAGUGCCAGAAGAGAUGACCCUGAGGAUCUGGGGGUUUGGGAGAGAGAUAUGCCGAGGGCCCAGUGAAAACUGCAACAAGAAGUUUGAGGGCUGGAGGCCAGGCAGCGGAGGAGAUGGGAGGGAGUGGGAGGGAGGGGCCCGGGGCUGCUACAUUCGGAAAUCUAACCCACUAACCAGUAUUUAGCUUCAGGGGAGGGGAGCUCAAAGUGGGGGCCUAUGGGGGAGGGCUGUCACCCCCCAGCUCUGGCCAGCCACGGGGGACGCAUCCUGUGUGACCGACCUGUGGGUUGCCAUGGCAACGUGGGCCCCCCCCCCCCCGCGAGGCCCUCACACCAAGAACACAGGCCCUAACAGUUGUCCUUCCCUAGAGACAGAAUGGAUCCAUAGGGAACUGAUGUUAAUUUUUACCAUGUCACUUCCCCACCCCUACAUUUUUUGGAAAUAAAAGUAAUUUUAUUCUCA